AAUCUUAUUUAACCGCAAGAAUAUGAAAAGCAACCAAGCCAAUUCGGCUUCAAACGCGAACCGUAAACCGUCGACAAUAAAAACAAAUACUAAAGUCACGAAAACCACAAAAAAUGUUACCGGAGAUUGUAGUGACUUCUCUGAUAGUACUCAUACGCAGUUCUUUGUUAAAAAAUUGGAAAAAUACAAAAAAAUUACAAGGGAAAAAUAUCUUGAGAUGCAAGCUUCUUCAGAUGGUUCAACGUCAUUUACUUUCGGUUGCAUUCAUGGCCCAGAUGAAAAAUCUUACACGGCGAGCGAACAGCUAAAAAGGGCUUUUAUUCACGAUUUGGAUCCUGUUCCAGUAGAGCAGGCAUGGAACUCCGCGUGUCCUUUGGCGUGCGGUUGGGAGAUGGCGCAGAAGUUACAGUUCCUGGUGACGGAGGCAAUGCCCCUCCAGCAGCUGGGCCGAUUUAAUGCCCACCUACGUGACUUUGCUACCAUUUCUCAACACGGAUAUAGAAUUGAUGUCCUUGACAGUGUAACCGUAAUACUAGACUUUCUGGAGGCAACGUAUACAAAAGAACCCAGCUUACGUGAAGGAUUUGUGUUGUUGUUGAAAAACAUACACCAGCCUAUUAUAUUGAAUAGAAGCGCAGACCUCGUAAAGUAUUUUGAUAAUGUGUCUAAAUAUAUAGGAUUUAUUGGUUGUCUAAUGCUGGGUAUGGAAGAGGACGAGCUGUUUGCGGUAGUUGCUGAUGCGCUGAUGUGGCAUCUGUCAGCGCCGGACACGCGGCGGCCUGCGGACGCGCUGCCCCGCCACGUGACGAUGCUGGCGGCAGCACCCACGCUCUACCAUGCGGCCGCCAGGAUGCUGGCAGUCGCAUCGUCCAACCGCUUCCACAUAUACUUGCAGUUGUCUCUAUUGUUGGCUACUGCCUCGCAGGAAAAUUGUGUGGAGCUACUCAAGCAGAAUAUAUUAGAGAAUAUAUUUUACCGCUUCAACCCAUACUUCCCCGAGAGAAAGCUGCCCGAGUACGACAUUAAUCCAGCCGAUCCUCAUCACUACAGUGUUCAAUUGGGAGACAGCAGCGUCUACCUUCAAACUACACUGAGCGUACUCCUAGUGCUCGUCAAGGCGUUAAAGCAAUGUAGCGAGAAUCCUACAUUCCAAGAACAGUUACCAGCACCGGAUAGUUACUCACAAAGGUGCUUCAUAUGGGCGUACCGAUAUGAGUGCCGCGCGCGCCCCCAUCGAGAAGAGCGGAUCACGCUGACCGUGAUCGUAUCUGCUCUGCUCCGGUACUUCGGCACACGGCUUGAGCGUUUUUCCACUCGUCUAAUGCUCGAUGUGAUGUCGUUGUCGGUGGCGACGGAGCUCCAACUCCGCGCGGGCUGGGCUGCCACCGUAAAUUUCAACACUUCGCAGCUAGACGCGCAGUUUAAGAAGGCCCUCAUAUACCUGAGCGUUGAUUACAUUAAAAUAUUUCCCUAUAACCGAUUUCUGAUAGAAUCCGAACAUUGGUUUGUGGGGCUGAUGUGUUUGCUGGACCCUGGGCUGACGCAGCUCAGGCCGAAGUGGCCGCAGCCGCUUUAUGACGAGCUCAGGCAAACGGUUCUCCAGGCAUUGGUGUGCGUUCUUCCGUUAGCACCGAUCAAUGUGGCUAAAGACUGUGGAUUAAUAAGGAGGAUAAUGUGGUACGUUGAGUGGUACUCGUGGAACCCGUACGAGCUGAGCGUGUUGUACUGGUGCCUGCGGUUACUGAAGGCGGCUGAGGGCCACCGCGGCUCGCUGUCGCGCCCUCACACCGUCAAGGAACUCUUCAGCUCGCACGGAAUUAUCAUUCUAAUGCAUUUAUGCUCUACCCUGAUUCAACAGCGAGACCCGCCAGUAGAGAUGAGCCAGGUGGUCCUAGCUCUAUGUGUGCGGGUACUGACGGGCGCCAUCGAGUACCCCACCAAGGUCACGUGUGAGGUGUAUCCUCAAAUCGUGUGGCCUGUUUCCAUCAACUCCCUCGCGUGGACCAUGAUGAACGUUGUUAUGCGUUCGCUUGAAAGGAGUUAUAUCGUCAGUGAGAGGUGGUUAAUAUCCAUCUUGAAUUUUAUUUGGGAAGGCAUAAUAUGGAGAGAUGAAUAUAGUAAACAGUUCAUAGCAAAUAAUGGUGUUUACCAGUUGUUGGAUUUAAUUACGAUGGUGCGCGCGCCGGUGCAGUGCUUGGCGCUGGCGUUGGUGUGCGACGCGACCAGCGCCAGCGGCGGCGUUUCGCAGCUCGUCACCUGGCGCGCCGGCGUCGGUGCUUCUCACGCUCACCCUCGCGUCGUGCAAACUGGAGCUACCAUCGCGACUCUCUUGGCGUCGCUCGUUCGAGAUGAAUGCCGGAGAAUCGGCGUGGAGUUGAACGGGGAUGGAGUUAUACAGGAUUUAAAUAAUCCGUUGAGAUCGGCUAGAGUUCUGAAAGCACUAGAAAAUCCUAAAUUACACACGGUGCAUCACCAACAGCCUAUAUGCUAUGCUGCUGCUGAUUUGGCAGGGUCUCGCAUGUCUAAGGCUUACGCUCUUCUACAGAUGUUGUCUGAAGACUUGAAUGACAAGGUGUCGAUAGCGGACGAAGCGUAUAACCUGUACAAGCACAUACAUCUGGCGCCUCAGGACGAAGUAAUUUUAACACUAUGCUCCCAUUACUUGACUGCGAAACUAAUGGAAACGUGGAUAGAAAUACAAAUGCAAAAGCCAAAUCCCGAGCUUCACGAUGCCGAUAUUCUUGAAGAAUUUGUUCACAUAAACAAAGGUUGGAGUGCUGAAAUAAAGCGGCAACAAGAAGCAAUCGUCGAAAUGGAUCGAAAAAAAAAAUACGAGGAGGAGCGUUCUUUGUACGCGUUCCUGGCCCGGGUGCGCCUGAACACGGCGCUGGACGCGCUGCGAGAGGUGCGCCGGAGCGCGCGCGCCACCUCGCGCGAACAGCUCGUGCGCGCCACGCUGGCCGACGCCGUGGCCGCGCACCAUCGCCGCACCAUGCAGGCCAAUGACAUCGGCGAACCUUUGCUGCGUACCUAUCAGCCUUCGCUUGACGAUCAGAACAAAACCGCACAGUAUGUGAAAACCUACUGCAUCCCGAAUAAGAACACUAAGCCCGACUGUCUAUCUACAACUCCGUACAGCGUGCGUCAAUUUUUGUCAUGAACCAUGAUUUUAUUAUACCAAUAAAAUAAAUUUCUCCAAUACAUAUAUUAUAGUUCUUUACAUUAGCUACAUAAUUAGUAAUAGCCAGCCCCAAAUAAACUUUCAAGACAGGAUAUCCCGAAAAUUAUUCAAGAUAUCGAAAUAUGUAUUGACAAAAUAAAUAUGUAGCAAAUUUAUCAGUUUUCGGUUUGUUUAAGUAUUCAUGUCGCUAAGACCCAAAAUUUCCAAGAUACAAAGACCAAGAUCCAAACCUUGACGAAAAAAAAAUUUUUUGGAUUCCUCACGUCGUGGGCUAUCACUGCUAUCAGAAUAUACCCCAUGUAUGUUAGCCGAUUUUUCGUAGUUUUCGAAUUAUGAUUGUAAUACUCGUAAACGUUUAACUUUUCUUAAGAAAUUCCGGGGUGAAAGCAUUGCUUUCCUUUUAUUAAUACAAAAUAUGAGAUGACAAGCGCGCUAGUAGUGAUAGUGACGGCAUAAAAUCGGCGAUACGAUUUUUUUUCUUACAGGAAACUACAAUUAGAAUAUUCUUUUUACUGAAACAUCCUAAUGUAGGCAAGUAGCAUCAAAUGAAAGGGCUCUAUGAUAGAAUCAAAAACAAAAUCACAUUGUGAAUAAAUGUUACAAUUAAAACGCUCUUUCAAAUUCUAUACAGACAUUUUAUUUGGGUUUCACAGUAGGUACCUAUCUUUCUAUGGCCCCAAAUUAAUAAAUUUAAUUUAGUUUUUGAUUGAGCACGUUUGUUUAUAACAUUAAAAAAAGCAUUUUUAUACUGAAAUAUUUUUUUAGCAGAUGAAUAUUUUCUAAUUGAACUUUCGAUGAUAUGAGUAGGUAUUACCUAUAACUAAUAAGCAAUAUUUAAAUUUAUGAAAUGUGAACUGUAUAACAUCUGUAAAUUUUAAUUAUCGGUUGGCAAUGAUUUGUAUUCAAUAUACUUCAUUCACGUUUGGCUAUUAGUAAUAUGUUAUUUUUUCGACUGCUAGUUCGAGUUAAGGUAGAAGUAUCAAUGCUCGACGCUGCACUAGUAUUCGACAUGGGCACUUUAUGUCAAAGUAAUAUAGGUUAAAUUUGAACGGCGAAGAUUUUUUUCGCCUUCUUCUUCCUCGCGUUAUCCCGGCAUUUCGCCACGGCUCAUGGGAGCCUGGGGUCCGCUUGACAACUAAUCCCAUGAUUUGACGUAGGCACUAGUUUUUAUGAAAGCGACUGCCAUCUGACCUUUCAACCCAAAGGGUAAACUAGGCCUUAUUGGGAUUAGUCCGGUUUCCUCACGAUGUUUUCCUUCACCGAAAAGUGACUGGUAAAUAUCAAAUGAUAUUUCGUACAUAAGUUCCGAAAAACUCAUUGGUACGAGCCGGGGUUUGAACCCGCGACCUCCAGAUUGCAAGUCGCACGCUCUCACCGCUAGGCCACCAG